AUGGAGACGGAGUAUGUCCACAUGAUGAGAAGUUUAUCAGGAGCAUAUCGAAGUGAAGAAGAGAUGUUAAUAACCAAAGGUCCAUGGACAGAGGAAGAGGAUUCUGUUCUCUUCAACUACAUCACUGUCCACGGCGAAGGACAAUGGAAUUCUGUCGCUCGUUCUGCAGGUCUAAAACGAACAGGCAAAAGCUGCAGAUUAAGAUGGUUGAACUAUUUGCAUCCAAGUGUUCGACGUGGGAAUAUAACCCUCCAAGAACAGCUCUUGAUUCUUGACCUCCAUUCCCGCUGGGGCAAUAGGUGGUCAAAAAUAGCUGAGCAGUUACCGGGCAGAACAGACAACGAGAUAAAAAAUUAUUGGAGAACCAGAGUGGUGAAACAGGCUAACCGACUCAAAUGUGAUAUCAACAGCAAACAAUUCAGAGACACGUUACGUUUUGUAUGGAUGCCACGCAUGCAGGAGCGGAUCCAGGCUCAGGCCUCAUCCGUGAGUACUGGAUCCAACACUGAAGCACACAGCGACCCUUUUGAAGAAAACCCCUGUUUGUUGUCAGAGGUUGAUGUUCAUGUCCCUUCUCUCUCUGAUUCUAGCGUAUGCGUAUCUAGAUACAGUGCAGAGAAAGGUUACAAUCCAUGGCAGAUGAGAAACUACUCGGAUAUACCAGGCUAUGGUUUCGGUGGUGUGGACUUGUGGACGGAUGAAAAUAUAUGCUUCUUGCAACAGCAGCUAGCUGAUGAUUAA